CAGUUCGUCUUGCACAUCGAAAUAUUUCCAUGCGCCGACCACUUGUGUCACACUCCCUGCAUAUGAGAAGUAAAGAGUAGAUUGGCACCUUUACGACGAUAGGAUUGUCUCCGCUUCAAAUACAACAGAAAUAAUAUAUAUUUUUACGAGUUUGGUUUUUUGUUCUAAACUUGCGCCGCUUCUCUUCGGAUAUAUGUGCCUGCGCUCGGAGCCCGAAGCGCAGUCCCAGCCGGCGCUGACGAUGCCAUGCCCCGCAACCACAUCGGAGAUGAGGGUGGUACUGGGCUCUGGAUGAAGACAUCUCCGGGGGAUCGCGGCGAGGGAUGUGACUUGAAGGAUGUGGAGUCCGGCAGAAUGACGAUGAACAACGCGGUGAGAGCUGGGGACGGCUUACUGCCGGCUGGCUCUUCGCCGGCGACAACAGGUGCAGGGGGCACGGAGAACCUACUGGGCAAGCGGGGAGCUCGACUGAGCCUGCUGGGGAAGCCGAUCACCUACAGCCUGCAAGGUGGCCGGAAAACGGCGAGGUACCGGCGGCUUCAGAAUUACCUGUAUAACGUGCUGGAGAGACCCCGAGCAUGGGCGUUCGUGUACCACGCCUUCGUUUUCAUCUUGGUGUUUGGCUGCCUGGUCCUGUCUGUGUUCUCUACCAUCCCUGCCCACCAGGACCUCUCAUCUCACUGUCUCCUAAUCCUGGAGUUUGUGAUGAUAGUGGUGUUUGGCCUGGAGUACAUCAUCCGCAUCUGGUCUGCAGGCUGCUGCUGCCGCUACCGGGGCUGGCAGGGCCGUCUGCGCUUUGCCAGGAAGCCCUUCUGCGUCAUAGACAUCAUUGUGCUAAUUGCCUCGGUGGCUGUGGUGUCGGCGGGCAGCCAGGGCAACAUCUUCGCCACCUCUGCUCUGCGCAGCCUGCGCUUCCUGCAGAUCCUGCGCAUGGUGCGGAUGGACCGGCGGGGCGGCACCUGGAAGCUUCUGGGAUCAGUGGUCUACGCCCACAGUAAGGAACUCGCCACAGCCUGGUACAUUGGCUUCCUCGUUCUCAUCUUCUCCUCUUUCCUGGUGUACCUGGUGGAGAAAGAGUUCAACACAGAGUUUGCCACGUACGCUGAUGCUCUGUGGUGGGGCAUGAUCACCCUCACCACCAUUGGCUACGGGGAUAAGACCCCCCAGACAUGGACGGGCCGCCUGCUCUCGGCCGGGUUCGCCCUGCUGGGUAUCUCCUUCUUCGCCCUCCCCGCGGGGAUUCUGGGGUCUGGGUUUGCACUGAAGGUCCAGGAGCAGCACAGGCAGAAGCACUUUGAGAAGAGGAGGAACCCGGCUGCCAGUCUGAUCCAGGCCGCGUGGCGCCUGUACUCCACGGAUGGAGCCCGAUCAUACCUGAGCGCCACCUGGCAGUACUAUAGAGGGGUUUUCCCUUCUCUCAGCCAGAAGCUGAGCUUCAAGGAGCGCGUGCGGUUGGCCAGCCCCCGCGGCCAUAGCAUCAGGAGUCGCCAAGCCUCAGCUAGCGACCGGCGCUCCCCCGGACCCGAGGUGGCCGUGGAGGGAGCCAGUCCGGCCAAAGUGCAGAAGAGCUGGAGCUUCAAUGACCGCACCAGGUUCCGGCCCUCGCUCCGCCUCAAGAGCCAACCACGCGCCGCCUCUGAGGCGGAUGCCAGCCAGGGCGCCGAUGACGCCUUUGAUGACAAGGUGUGCCAGUGCGACAUGUCGGUAGUGGACCUGACGCCACCCCUCAAGUCUGUAAUCAGGGCUGUCAGGAUCAUGAAGUUUCAUGUGGCGAAGAAGAAGUUCAAGGAGACGCUGCGUCCGUACGACGUGAAGGACGUGAUCGAGCAGUACUCCGCGGGACACCUCGACAUGCUCUGUCGCAUCAAGAGCCUGCAGACACGGGUGGAUCAGAUUCUAGGGAAGGGCCACAUCCAGGCAGACAAGCGGAGCAGGGAGAAGGUCCACUCGGAGAGCGACGCCUUCGAUCACAUGAGCAUGCUGGGCCGCGUCUGUAAGGUGGAGCGGCAGGUCCAGUCCAUUGAAAGCAAGCUGGACUCCCUGCUGGACAUAUACCGGCAGGUUCUCCGCAAGGGUUCCUCCUCGGGGCUGCCCCUGUUCCACCUCGAGCAGACGUCUGACUACCAGAGCUCCACCCUCAGCAAGGACACCUCUUGCUCCACCAGCACCAGUGUGCCCCGGGGGCUGCAGCUGGUUCUGCCCAAGAACGAGCUCUGCCUUAACCUCAGCACCUCCCCAUGUGGAGCUCUCAGCUCCUCCUCCUUCAGCCCCUCUCCCCUGCCUCCCGAGAGCAGCACCACCAGCUCUCCUACACCUGUCCUUUCGCCCAACAGCCUCGCUACGACUCCAUUCUCCGACCUGCCCAAGCCUCGCCCUCACCACCCUUCCACCCCGUCCACUCUCCAGCUGCCUCCUCCCAAUGCUCUCACCCCCCACAGCUCAUGCGCAGUGGACCCCACAGACGCAGAGAGCGACCAUGGCGGGUUGCAGCUGAGGAACAAGCCUAGUGCCAAGGAGGAUGGGUCCUGGAGGAGGCAUACCAGCCUGGAGAUGGGGCCCCUGGUUGCGUUGUCCCCUGGCCCUGCGGACCGCAGCCUGGGAAAGUCUCUUUCGGUCCAGAACUUCCUAGGUGUGGAUGUAGAAUGCUGCUCCAAACCCUCCUCAUCCUACAGCAACAGAGACUUCAAUAUCAGUCUCCACAGCAGCCAGGGUCUGCCCACCAGCGAGUGGGAGAAGGUGGAGCUGAUCAUCAGCGACCAGGACAUGAACAUGCUAGCGGAGAGCUCGGACUUCCUGGCACAGAGGACCACGGAUUCCGCCUCCCCAUCUGGACCACUGGGGGUCACAAAAGCACCUUCGGCUCUGGGCCUGGCUGUCGACACCCAGAGCAUUUCCCACGUGCGGCUAAAAUAGCGUCACCAUAGCAGUUUGCAUUUUUAAUGCCGGGGGGUGCUUUUCUCUUUCCAUUUUGCUCCGAGAUAGUUUAAAAAUCCCUGUAAUUCAUUUGUUGACCACCCACCACUGCAUGGACUAAUCCUUCCUCUAGGGGGCAACGAAGGGACAGACCCAAGACACCUGACAGGAGCUGUGGCGUCAGCCCUGCAUGAGCACUGCAUGUUUACAGCUCGGUGGCGCAUUGCAUUACUUACCAGCCUGUUCAGCUUGUUUCCUGACACUGGGUUCCUAGCUUUGCAUGAGUCUUAGGAAUGACGUAUGCAUCAGGGGCGGGUCAGGCGUCGACUGUGGAAACUAGGCUGUGAGACACUGCUUAUCUGCUUUUCACCACCAGGGGGAGCUAAGGCUCCUUCCAAUUUGCCCCCCCCCCCCCCCCCCCCCCACAGCUUAAUUAAGUUCUAAUUAAGUUCUUAAUUAUGUCUUAAUGCUGGAAAAGAGUAGAAGGAAAGGUAGCCCAGCAGGAUGGUGCAGGGGCAUAUACAGGGGUGGGGUCACAGAGGUACCAGCCCCAGAUGAAAGCUGAUUGGCCCCCUGAGUGACCGCUCCCCUGUCACUCAAUGAUUCAAAACAUAUAAUAUAAUGGCUAAUGUUCAGGUUGGCCCCUCUUCAGAUUGGCUCCCACCCUAAAAAAUCCCAGAAUUGCCCCAGGGAUGGUGUUAUACAGAGGGCCAGAAAAUGUCUUCAGUGGCAUGUCUCCUCUAUUCUAGAUCCAGUAGAAGUGAGCACCAGGAGGGUUACUGUCACAUUUAAUUCGAAAUUUCUUCUUGGUCUGGAAUGGCCCAUCAGUCACAUGAGUUGUCAGCUGUCGUCCACUCUGCGGGUUUCAUCGACUGACAUGGCAGACAUAGAGUGCAAUUUGCUGGAUUCCCAGGGCAGAACCACAGUAGGUGUCGCCACUAGACGGAAGAAGGAAAUAAACACGGCUCCAAGCACUGGCUGAUUCUGUGGUCUCUGGGCCUCGCUGACUGGGGAACCUCUGGAGAGGCCCUAACUUAUAAUUUUGUUGUUGUUUUUUUACCCAAACCAAUCCUUUAAAUUGCUUGCUCACUCCGGCCAUUCUGAUAUUUUAGGUUAUUGAUAAAUUAUAACAUGCAUUUAAAGAUUCGAGCUUUUGCACGACAUUUAGGUAAAUCUGCGUUAUGGGGAUUUUGGAGAAUAUAAGCAUAAAAUCCAUGAGGUGAAUGGUGAGGAAUGUGGUGGAAAUGAAAAUCACCUUAUGCAGGAAAUAGUUGAACACUUCCUGUAGAAAAAUAGCCAAAGCGAAGCUAUAAGGAAAUGAGCCAAGAUCACAGGGUGAAUUUAAGACCCCCAUCCUAGGAUUGAUUUUCUCUGUGCGGGUCUGUAGACAUUUUCCCACAACCCCGAGACGCUCAAGGCCUUUACUACUGGGCAAAUGGUUCAUACAUAAACACUGCUAAGGAGCAGUCGAGUCACAGAACAUAACUGGCACCGUUUCACUGGGAAGGGAACGGACCAGAACAUCACGGGUAACAGCCUCAUUAGUGCCUCCUAGGGAUAUAUCAGGCAUCUCUCGUCAUUGGCCUGUGGUGAGUGAUGUUCCAUGUGACUGACCAUUGCUUGAUAGGUUAUUGAAGGAGCACAUGUUUCGGUGACCUCAAAAUUGUUCGCAUGCACAAAGGGUAUGGGAGCGAUUCAGAAAGUGACCUGCAAGAGACAAUUGGAGAUGAUUAAUGACAGCUGAAAAUAGUGGAGAACGUGAGAACAUGUGAGUAUGUGUGAUAGAAGGCUGUUGCUUCCAAAAGCACACAUCCUGUUGAAUGUAGUUUCAUUGUUAUUCAUUUGUUCUCACAGUUCAAAUAAAAAAAUGGUACCUUAGCUAGAAAAGUCACACUUGUUCCCAAAAAAAUCAGCUAUAGGGAUAUAAACGAUUGUUUUGUAUUAUUUAUUACAUGUUUUUUUGUUAAUAACAAAACACUGUAGUCUUAAAUGUUUUUUUUUACUGAAUGGGGCUCAUUUAGAUUCCAUAAUUUACUGCUGACGUAUCAUUUUUGUAUAUGACGCAUUCUGAUAUUGGAAUAUUCGCUGUAUGAUCACCUAAUACGUGUGGGACAGUUCUGCGUGUUGUCAACCCCUCAAAGUGAGAGAGACUGUCGCGGUACCCGGAAGCACAAUUACUGAUUUGAAGCGACCUACGGGCGAGCGGUCAGUGACCUUAAUAAUACACCAUAGCGGCAGAAAAGUAACGUAUAUGGCCAUAUACUCAGCGCAGUCAACUCCAAGGAAUAACAAUCAGCAGAUAGAUCAUGGAAUCCUUUAAAGGAAAUAUUGCUUUAAAGCUUUGCCUGCCGAUUAAAAUGAUAAAAGUAUACAAACUAUAUACAGUUUAUACUUUUUUAUUUUCCCGUUUUUGUAGUAAAUGCUUGAAGGUGCCUUUCAUGUAAAAUAUUAACAGUAUGUUAUUUUUUCCACGGCUAGCUUUAAAUUUGAAUGGGGAUAGUUUUGUAGGUUUCUAAUGUUAUGUAUAAUUUUAGAAAAUCUAAAAUCUUCUAAACAAUCAACAUGUUUUUUUCACACGUACAAUAAUUUAUUUCACAAAAUUGGCUUUAAUGGCAAUGGGGACUUUUUACUUUUUUGUUCAGGCUUAAUGUAAUUUAUUUUAAGGAGGUACGUGCACGUACAAGGUACAUUGAGUAUGUGAUAUUGUCAUUAAUUUUCGCCAUGAUACUUUAAUAAAUCGAGAAAUUUAAACAA